UUAAAUUUUACAUUAAACUAUGCAUUGCUUUUUUUUUUAAACCUUUCAACUUCUAUUUGUUUGUGGAAAGAAAUUUCUAUUUACUUUAUCCAUAAACUCUAUAAAUACAAUAAAGGAUCAUAUUAAAAUAAACAUAAGCGAUCGAAAGGGAAUAUUAGAACCUUAAAUAAUUUCUGUAAAAUUAAUUUAAUACUCUUAAGUAUUAAUAAGAAUAUUAUCAAAAAUAAAUACUAUGCGUAAAUACAACACAUAUUUAAAUUUAAUCCGAAGUAUUAAUACUAUCAAUGCCGUUAGACGUAGGGUAGUCGUUACUGGACUGGGUGUCGUAUCUCCUUUGGGUACUGGAUCUGAAUUAGUAUGGACAAACAUAUUGAAGGGAAAAUGUGGUAUAGUGGCUCUCAAUGAUGAAGAAUACAUAAACCUUCCUUGUAGAUUAGCUGGGCUUAUACCUAGAGAAAAAGAUGGUAUUGUUGAAAAAGCAUUGUCAAAAUCUACUCUGAAGUCAAUGGCUCCAGCUACAUCAUUAGCAUUGGUUGCUACAUCCGAGGCACUUAAAGAUGCAAAUUGGACGCCUAAAAGUGAACACUGUAAAGAAAUGACCGGUGUUGCAAUAGGCAUGGGUAUGAUAGAUUUAAAUGAUGUCUGUAUCACAAAUGAAGCAUUAAAAGUUGGCUACAACAAAGUGAGCCCAUUCUUUGUUCCUAGAAUAUUACCAAAUAUGGCUGCAGGGCACAUAAGUAUUAAAUAUGGAUUCAGGGGACCUAACCAUUCUGUUUCGACAGCUUGUGCAACUGGUGCUCAUUCUAUAGGGGAUGCUUUCAGGUUUAUAAAAAAUGGUGAUGCUGAUGUUAUGGUAUGUGGUGGUGCAGAGGCUUGCAUCAGCCCUUUAGCUAUCGCAGGUUUCUGUAGACUAAGAGCACUGAGUACUUCAUUCAAUGGAGAACCUCAUAAAGCUUCUAGGCCAUUUGAUAAAAAAAGAGAUGGUUUUGUUAUGGGUGAAGGAGCAGCCAUAUUGGUUUUAGAAGAAUAUGAACAUGCUUUCAAAAGGAGUGCUAAAAUGUAUGCUGAAAUUUUAGGAUAUGGUCUUUCUGGUGAUGCUUCUCACAUAACUACACCAAGAGAAGAUGGAAGUGGAGCUAUGUUGUCUAUGGCGAGAGCCUUGAAAGAUGGCAAUUUGCAAAAAGAAGAUAUAACAUAUAUAAAUGCCCAUGCAACAUCAACCCCGAUAGGCGAUGGUAUUGAAUCAACAGCUAUUAAGUCAUUAUUCAAGGAACAUGCAUUAAAAAUAUCAGUUUCUUCAACUAAAGGAGCCCAUGGACACUUAUUAGGUGCUGCUGGAAAUUUAGAAGCAAUGUUCACAAUAUUAUCAUGUUAUCAUGGUGUCCUGCCACCAACUUUGAACCUUGACGACCCUGUAGACGACUUGUGUUAUGUUGUUAAGAAUGCGAAAAAGUGGGAUCAUGAAAGGAGAAUUGCAUUGAAAAACUCUUUUGGGUUUGGUGGUACUAAUGCAUCUCUUUGUAUUGCUAAUAUUUUAUAGUAAAUCAAUAAAACAAUUAUAAUAAUUAAAGUAAAUAAUUUGACUAUAUUUUAAUAAAACGAAUUUUCACUGUAAUUGUAUUAUAUAUUAUUUUUAAAACAGAGUUACAAAUGAUUGGAUUUUAACAACAAUGGCAAAUCAACCAAGGUAACUCUUGACAUAGUUUUUUAAGCUAUUAACGAGCAAUAAUUCAUCAUUAUGUUUCCAUAAUAGUCACAUAAAGCAUCGUAAAUAAAAUUAUCAAAAAUGCUACAGUAACGUUUAUGUUCCAUUCAUUACUAAGCUCUCUAAAAUUUUGUUUUUAAAUAUUUAAAUGCUGGUCAUCAGGUCAACAUAUCACUAGGGUUGGUACCCUUUAAUUUUCAAUUCACAUCAUUCCAAUUCAUUUAAAUAAAAUAAUGUGAAAAUAUUACAAAAUAUAUAAACCAUGCAUUUAUUUCAUUCAUAAACAAUGAUUGAUUUUAAAACAAUAGAUAGACAGCAUAAAGACAAAACCAUGAUUGAAUUGCUUGGCAAAUAAAAAUAGCUUGUUCUCAGUAACAAAAAUAUCUGUGUACAUUAUGUUAUUUUUCUA